AUGUCGCCCGACCACACCUGCAGAGACCCCAAGCCGCGGGGCAGAAUUCCCACAGGUGCAAGACGACGCAACCGGUCAAAAGACUACGGCUUGGACGAAGCAUACCUCGCCUCCCAGUCUGCCACCAACAACGAGGUAAGUGCUAGUCACCACCUACCUCCUGAAUCUCCCCCAGCUGUCGACCCAGUGCAAGUUCCACCUGCCUCUGUGAGUCCAGCCAACACGACCUGCACACCGCCAAGGAACAAUGACGACCCGAACCAGCCACCCGAGCCUGCCGCAUCUCCAUCAUCUCCACCUCUAAUACGUCGACCCCGUAGACGGACACGCCAACGCCGACGCCGCACAUCCAGCAGCAGCACCGCCAGCCCCACCACUACUGGCCCCUCUACACUCGAGCCUCCUCCAGAUGAGCCUACCACCAGCGUCGAGGACAUCCACCCGCUUCCUCCGCCAACUGUCUCCAUCCCCGAGGAACCACCUCCUGAGUCCGACAUUACCAACACCAACGCCGAGCCUCCCGCCUGGGUGAUCGCCUGGCGUGAUCGCUUCGACUGCGCCCAGGACGAGGACAUGCUUGAGGUAAUGGUAAACGACCUGACAAGCCUCGCUCAGGACAUGAUGCCACAGCAACAAAGGCAGCACCAUCGCCCUCGCCAAAAUAGGCCUCAGCGCAGUCAGCAGCCCGCCCGCCGAAGGUACAACGCCCUCGAGGCAAGUCGUAUCCAGCGCCUCUUCCGCGCCAACAAGCGGAAAGCCUUCGAGGAAGUGACCCGCGGUGCAAGCUGCUACUGCCAAAUCAACAAGACAGUCCUUGAAGAUCACUUCUCACGUGUCAACGGCCUGCGUGAUGUCCCACAGGAGCCCCUAACCGAUCUUCUUCCUCCCGCUCCUCAGCCUUCGACCAACGACCCGCUCUGCGCUACUUUCACCCCUGCGGAAGUAGCAAAGCGCCUCACCAAGUGUCACAACACGGCUCCCGGCCCCGACACCAUUAAGUACUAUGCCUGGCGCCGUCUCGACCCUGAUGGCUACAUCCUGGCCGCACUUUUUAAUGCGGUCCAGCGUACGGGACACGUGCCCAAGUCGUGGAAAACAUCAACCACCAUCUUGAUCCACAAAAAGGGUAACCAUGACGAGGUAAGUAACUGGCGGCCUAUAGCCCUCGCCAAUACCCUUGGCAAAAUUUACUCGGCAUGCAUUGCCAAUCGCCUACUGCAAUGGUGUGACUCCAACAACACCAUCUCCACCAUGCAGAAAGGCUUUAUGCGCUUUGAAGGGUGCUCUGAGCACUCCUUCAUCCUUCAAUCUACCAUCCAAAGCGCACGCCGCAGGAACAAAGAGUGCCACGUUGCGUGGCUGGACCUCUCAAACGCCUUUGGGUCGGUCCCCCACGCCACCAUCCUCACCUGCCUUAAAUGGUGUGGCCUCUCCUCUACCUCGAUCGACUGCGUCAUGGACCUCCUCACCAACUGUCACACCCGCAUCCGGACCAGCUCAGGAUACACCGACCCCAUCCCUAUUCAAGCGGGCGUCAAACAGGGCUGUCCACUCAGCCCAAUCCUCUUUAACCUAGUUGUUGAACCUGCACUCCGCCUCGUCCACAACUUGAAAAAGGGAUACCUCCUGCAUAAUCACGACAUCUCGGCCCUUGCCUACGCUGACGAUAUUACCGUCGUCAGCAGCUCCAGAGAGGGCCUGCAAUCGCAACUCGACACUCUCUCCCGCUGGGCACAACACAGUGGACUCUCGUUCAACCCUUCCAAGUGCGCCACCCUCUCCGUAGUAGGUAAGUACCACUGCGACGACAACUCCCACUUCACCAUCCAGGGAGCCAAUAUACCGCAGCUCAGCAAAGAUGACCACUACCUCCACCUCGGGGUGCCCACUGGACUCACACUUGGACGUUCUGCUGAUGCUGUCAUAGAUGGGAUUAUCAUGGACCUUAAACAUGUGGACAACUCCUGCCUCGCCCCCUGGCAAAAAAUAGAGUGUGUAAGUACUUUUCUCACAUCUAGAUUGACUUUCUACCUCACUCUAGGCAAAGUCCACAAGAAGAGGCUUACCCACCUCGACAACACCAUCAAAAGAUGCGUCAAGAGGUGGAUGAACCUCCCUCAACGGGCCAGCCCGGAACUCCUAUAUAUGCCACACGACCAGGGAGGCGCCAACAUAACACCCUGUAAUAUCCUUGCGGACGUCGCACAAGUAAGUCACGCCGUGCACCUGCUUCACUCUAGGGAUUCGACUGUUACCACCUUAGCCCUGGAGACCCUGAAACUCGUCGUCGAGAAACGAAUAAAGCGACCACCAAGCGACGCUGACUUGUGCACUUAUCUAGCCGGAUCAACAGAACACGAAUUCGGCAACGACCCAUACGACGUCCCAUCCGUAUGGACCCGGCUCCGAAUGGUGACCCGACGCCUCAAAUCACGCGUCCACAUAGACUGGCACCCCAGCGGCGACGGAAACCUCAUACCCUCCGUCAACGGUCGUCCCAUCACCGUGCUCAAUGCCUCCAAAACCAUCUCUGCGGCGGUCAGAUGCUCCUUCCUCAACCAACUCCUGAAAAAACCGGACCAAGGUAAGGCAUUUAGACUCACAGCCACCAACUCCAACAGCAACCACUUUCUGCGUGAAGGGAACUUCACCAGAUUUGCAGACUGGCGCUUCAUACACCGCGCCAGGCUGAGCGUGGUUCCCCUGAGAGGCCUCCGGAGAUUCGGCAAUGGAAGCCAAACGUGCCGCAGAUGCCAACGACACCGAGAGACCCUCGCGCACGUUGUCAACCAUUGCCCUCCCAACUUUAGGUUGAUCACACAGAGACACAACGCCAUCCUCGAUCGCCUGAAGAAAGCCUUCUCCCACAAAGACCUUACCAUCUACGUAAAUCAACGGAUCCCGGAGUUCCCCAGCAACUGCCGCCCGGACCUUGUGGUAAUUAAUCAACAACCCAAGACCGCCACCAUCGUAGAUGUCGCCAUCCCGUUCGAAAACGGGACCGACGCCUUCAGCAUCGCCAGAGCAGAGAAAACCUCCAAAUACGCAGAACUCGCCAAUUUCUUCAAAGAACGUGGAUACGACACCUUCCUGGACGCUUUCGNCUGUCACACCCGCAUCCGGACCAGCUCAGGAUACACCGACCCCAUCCCUAUUCAAGCGGGCGUCAAACAGGGCUGUCCACUCAGCCCAAUCCUCUUUAACCUAGUUGUUGAACCUGCACUCCGCCUCGUCCACAACUUGAAAAAGGGAUACCUCCUGCAUAAUCACGACAUCUCGGCCCUUGCCUACGCUGACGACAUUACCGUCGUCAGUAGCUCCAGAGAGGGCCUGCAAUCGCAACUCGACACUCUCUCCCGCUGGGCACAACACAGUGGACUCUCGUUCAACCCUUCCAA